AGUUAGCUAGCUUAGCUCAGACUUGAAUGAUCCUCACUGUACUCUAUAAUCUCUAGGCCUCAAGUGGCCGCUUUUCAGGAGAGUCAAACAAGAGCACAAGAACCAGCGAUCACUGGCUGCGCCUGCGGGGAGAAGAAUCAAACAGCAAGGAGGAAGGUGUCUGUUGCUCUGCGUCGUGAUGGGCGUGCUCUUCUCUUGUCCUGUGGAGGACGACAUGGCGGCGGAAGGUGGCCUUCCGGCGCCCGCGGGGAGCUCCGGCAAUGCCGGCGAGCCGACGGUGCUGAAGGCGUCGCUGGGCUCCGGCAAGCUCCGGAUCGAGGGGUCCCUAAGCUUCAAGCGGGAGCAGCAGAGCCCGAGCGCGCUCCUGCAGGUCGAGACCAAGAUCUCCAUCACGUCGCCGCGCGCCGCCGCCACGGCGCCCGUGCCGAUGCCGAGGGAGCUCGUGCGGACGAGGUUCGCCGACGCGGCUGCGAGCACGACUCCGCCGGAGAGCCCGAAGCACGAGUCGGCGGCGGUGACGGUGCAGAAGGUGUACAAGAGCUUCCGCACGCGCCGCCGGCUCGCCGACUGCGCCGUGCUCGUCGAGCAGAGCUGGUGGGAGCUGCUGGAUUUCGCGCUGCUCAAGCGCAGCUCCGUCUCCUUCUUCGACAUCGAGAAGCAAGAGUCCGCGGUGUCCAAGUGGUCAAGGGCAAGAACGAGAGCUGCCAAGGUCGGAAAGGGGUUGUCCAAAGACGAGAACGCCCAGAAACUCGCAUUGCAGCAUUGGCUUGAAGCUAUUGACCCGCGCCACCGGUACGGUCAUAAUCUUCACUACUACUAUGACUGCUGGCUGCAGUGCGAAAGCAAGGAGCCAUUCUUCUACUGGCUCGACGUUGGGGAAGGCAAGGAAAUAAAUCUUGAAGACCGGUGCCCGCGAUCGAAGCUUCUGAGCCAGUGCAUCAAGUAUCUCGGUCCGAAAGAAAGAGAGGACUAUGAGGUUGUGAUUGAGGAUGGCAGGUUCAUGUACAAGAACAGCAGGCAAAUCCUCGACACAUCUGGCGGACCGAGAGACGCAAAGUGGAUAUUUGUUCUAAGCACAUCCAAAAUUUUGUAUGUUGGGCAGGUAAUAUGCAGCUACCGUCGUGCUACCAACACAAUGCAGAUGUCUUUUCUCUGCACAGGUUCGUCAUGUGACAUUGUCCAUGAUUCUUUACUGCAGAAGAAGAAGGGCACGUUUCAGCAUUCCAGCUUCCUCGCCGGAGGGGCUACAUCUGCUGCCGGUCGUCUGGUUGUUGAAGAUGGAAUUCUGAAGGCUAUUUGGCCUCACAGCGGUCAUUACCGCCCGACCGAAGAGAACUUCCAGGAAUUCCAGAGCUUCCUCAAAGACAACAAUGUCGAUCUCACCGACGUCAAGAUGAGCCCAGAUGAAGAGGAUGCGGAGUUCUGGAGCAGGCUCAAAAGCAUCCCUUCCGACCUGCACGCUGCCGCCAACAAACCUGAAGACCACGACACGGUUGCUGCUCAAGAAAACGGCCAUUGCCAGGCACCUCAACCCACGGAAGCCACCGCACCUGAAGAGGCCUCACAACAUGAACAAACCAGCAACAACCUCACCCCCUUUGCAACAAUCAUAAGGCAAGCUUCAUCAGAGGACGCAGCCGAGAACGCCGAGCCGUCGACAACUUGCGACGGCGCCACCUUGUCUGAAGACCAUCAGGAGGAGAACAACAACGACCACGACCAGUCGGCCGUGCCGAGGGAGAAGAUCCUGCAGAGGAUCAGCUCCAAGGAGGCCAAGUCGUACCAGCUGGGGAAGCAAGUGUCCUUCAAGUGGACCACGGGCGCCGGGCCCCGGAUAGUGUGCGUCAGGGACUACCCGUCGGAGCUCCAGCUCCGGGCGCUGGAGCGGGUGCACCUGUCGCCGAGGAGCGGCGGCAGGGCCGCGUCGUCCCGGAUCGCCUCGCCACAGAGGGCAAGCAGCCCGAUGGCGAGGGGGUACUGCGAGCCGUUCACGCCGCCGAGGGAAGCGUUCCGGACGCACCUGCAGCAGGGGCUGCUGAUCAGGUGAUCAGCAGUUCAACGUGCGGUGAAUGGAGAGUGUUUUCUUGCGUAUUUUGGCGGGAUUGUGCAUAGAAGAAGAAGAAAGGGUGGAGCCAAAAAUGCCUCCAUUGUAGAUCUUGUAGAGUGAUGGAUGAUACACAUACGCGAUCAAUACAAAUUCUUUCGUUCUUUGUUCUUGCA